AUGCGUCUUCUUCAUUUGGAAAUUCCAAGAGCUGUUGCUCUAAUUUUCCAAGCUGUUCCCGGUGGUAAUCCAACAAAUGUAGUUGGAACUCUCAGCUUGACAGAAAGCAAUGGAAUGGUGACGAUCAUAGGCAGUGUAAAUGGGUUGCCUCCAGGCCCUCAUGCUAUUCACGUUCACGAAUUCGGCGACCUUGGAAAUGGUUGUUUAGCCACUGGAGCGCACUAUAAUCCAUUCGGGUCAGAUCACGGUAGUCCAGCAGAUCCACCCUCUGCACGACACGUUGGGGAUCUUGGAAGCAUCAUGACACCUGCAAGCGGUCCAACGCCGAUCAACAUCGAGGAUUCGCUCAUUACUUUCACAGGACGUCGUGGUGUUGUCGGACGAGCUUUCGUAAUCCAUGAAAGAGUAGACGAUCUAGGGAGAGGCGGUGACGCAGGAAGUCGCACAGUAGGCAAUGCUGGCGCUCGCCUUGCGUGUGGAGUUAUUGGCUAUGUUGCACCCGGAACUGCAUAA